AGGGAAAAAACACUCUAAAAGUAGUUUUACCAAUUAUUUUGGGGCCAUGGGCCAGUCUUGAAUCCCUCUGAGCCUCAGUUUCCGCUGCUGUAAGACCACCCCUGCCCUGUCCAUGUGAUUGUUAUGAGGAUUAAGAGAGACGUUACAUGUAGCAGCAUUACCAUCAGAAAUUUAAAUAUAGGAAGUGUCAGUGGACAUUGUAAAACAAUUUUAAAAAGAAACCUUACAAAUCUGUGUGUUUUAUGGACCACAGCAAAACACUUGGGUUUCUGAAACUCAAAAUUGAAGAUACACCAAAGUUAAAUGCCAUGGAAGUUUGCUUCCAUGAUGGCUUUUUUGCUUUUUUCUCAGCUCCCGAAAAAGAAACUUCCUGGGUUUUCUUUUCCCUCCUACGGUUUUGCAGUGGCAAGGCUGCUUCCUGUCAAGCGCAGCUCUGCCACGGGCCCUCUGUACAGACUCCACCUCCUCUUUCUCUUUCUUUCAAACACUUAGUACAUUUAGAGACUGAUCUUGUGCAGAAAAUAGCCCCGCCGUUUGAAGAGCUCCAGGGGCUCAGUGAGCAUGCUCCGACCCCCUCCCGCUGGGAAGAGGAAGCCCGAUUGCAUACGAGUCAUACCAAGCAUAGCCAGCAUGUCAGCGCAGUUAACUUGCAGCGGGCUGUGAGGAAAGCGAGCGUGGCUUUGUCCUAGGAAAUGUGCUUCGUGUUUUUCUUUUUUACUCCUUUUUUAUUUUCGAAAAAAGACCUGUAAAGACUUCUGAAACAAUUUUUAAAUGCUCAAUUGAGGAUACAAAACGUAUACCGUCUACAAAUAAACCCUUGAAGGGUUUUGUGCGAGUUCGAUUUUUUUUGUGCGUGUGUUCUUUUUUUUACUUUUACAUACUUUGUUUUGAUCAUCUGAGGCCGGGCCUCCGUCUUUGUGAAGUUUAAGCGAAGAGCCAGGAGCUACUCAGCAAUAAUUGAUUUUUGAAACGUACUCUUUUGGGGCGAAAGCAAAGAGCUGGUUUUCUGUGCUAGCCCAAUAAAUGCUAUUUAUGAAGAUGGACCUGUUGAACUACCAGUACUUGGACAAGAUGAACAACAAUAUCGGCAUUCUGUGCUAUGAAGGUGAAGCUGCUCUCAGGGGCGAGCCCAGGAUGCACACCCUCCCUGUGGCGUCUGCCCUCACCAGUCACCGCACAGGCCCCCCGCCCAUCAGUCCCAGCAAGAGGAAGUUCAGCGUGGAGCAAGGGGACGAUGACCUGGACUGUGAAAACGACCAUGCUUCCAAGAUGAGUCGCAUCUUCAACCCUCAUCUGCAUUCUGCCUCUCCAGUUCUGUGCCUGGGACGGCUUGCCAAGUUUGUGAGGCCCAAGGCUUUCUUGUGGGAGGACGCUGGGCUGUCUUCAUGCUCUUUGGCAAUGAUUAAAGUGAGGAACAAGACUGCCAAUGGAGACUGCCGAAAAGACCCCCGGGAGCGGAGCCGCAGCCCCAUCGAGCGUGCCGUGGCCCCCACCAUGAGCCUGCAUGGCAACCACCUGUACACGUCCCUCCCCAGCCUCAGCAUGGAGCAGCCCCUUGCACUGACCAAGAACAGCAUGGACGCCAGCAGGCCAGCCGGCAUCUCGCCCACACUGACCCCGGUGGAGCGGCAGCAGAACCGGCCCUCCGUGAUCACCUGCGCCUCCGCCAGCGCUCGGAACUGCAACCUUUCCCACUGCCCCAUCGCGCACAGCGGCUGCGUGGCGGCCGGGCCAGCCAGCUACCGGAGGGCUCCGAGCUCCACCACCACCUGUGACCCCGUGGUGGAGGAGCACUUCCGCAGGAGCCUGGGCAAGAACUACAAGGAGCCUGAGCCUGCGCCCAACUCGGUGUCCAUCACAGGCUCCGUGGACGACCACUUUGCCAAAGCCCUGGGUGACACGUGGCUUCAGAUCAAGGCAGCCAAGGAUGGUGCGUCCAGCAGCCCUGAGUCUGCCUCACGCAGGGGCCAGCCGGCAAGCCCCUCUGCCCACAUGGUCAGCCACAGCCACUCCCCUUCUGUGGUUUCGUGAAGGGAGCACCGCCCUCGAACAAGAUGUCGAUCUGCAUGGUUUGCCUGAGCUUUGAACAGUCAGUGCUUAAAAAACGGAAAAAAACAAAAAAAAUCAUGGGGGUGGGGUGGGGGGAUGGGAAGGGAUGGUUUAUUCGCAAAAACCAUGUCGUUGGGGUUUCUGUUCUGUUUUUGUACUUGCUUGGUAUUCGUACACGGGGGCCCUCAAACAUGACAGUGGGAACUGCGUGGGGAACAUCGGUCCCAUGUAGCAUCCUAACUUCCUGCCUCGGUUACCAAAGAAAACCUCUGAUGCAGGUCUGCUGCCCGGACAGGGGCCAGGACUCCACGGCACGCUUUCUCAGUCACAAGCCAUGACAUUGGUGACCCAAACGCUUUGUGCUUUUUAAUUUGCUUCUCGAGACCAGGGUGUGCGUGGCUCAGCUUCCAUUGCGUGUUCGGUGCAGCCCGUGCGUGUGCGCGCUGGUGUGUGUGUGUGUGUGUGUGUGUGUGUCUACUUGAAGAGAGCAGAGAACUGUCGUGUCUGAUUUGCACUAUGGAGGAGGACUGAAGUUGCCGGCCUGACAACUUGACGUGAGAGGCUAGCACUCUGAGGGCAAACUGCUGAAAACAAAGGGUUUAAGGAUGACAUUUCUGACCAUUUGUGUGUUGUGUUGUUGUUGUUGUUUUUAAUUUAGACAAAACAGCUUUGGAAGGGGAAGUCUCAUACAGGUUAUAGGUCUUUCUCUCUAGAUUUCAGGUGCUUGCAACUGGACUGCAGACUCCACCAACCACGGGCAUUUUACCUUCUCUAAACACUGCAGUUUGUUAGACUAGAGCUGAGGCGAGGAUCCCAUAGUGCUUUCAACGUGACGCAUGUUUUAAUGGAGAAAAAUAGCUGGUUUCUAUUAAUUGUAUAGACAGUAAACGAAACCCUUAAUACUUACUAGCUUCUUGUCAGAAUUAGUUUAUUUUUGUCAGUUACAGUCCUAGAUAUACUCACUGCUGGUACAGUUGUGCUCUAAGAUGUGUAUUUGAUAUUCACCUGACUCCCGCGCACCGGGGCCGCCAGCCGCGGGCGGGCCCUGGGACGGGCAGUUGAGUGGUCGGUCAGCCGCGUGUAGGAUGCUGGAGUUUUCGCUGCAGGCUGACAUCUUCAUUUAUUGUCUGCAUCCCUGUCUGCUUAUUACUAGCUCCCAGGGGAGUUGGGAUUUGUGUCUUCCAACUUCCCUCGAUGCAGAAACUGCUCCCUUUAAACUCUCUUGGCUGAACAGCAGAUUACUGACAAUCUGUGAUACGGUAUUUUGUAUGCUUCCUCGUACGCUGGGGCCAAGGCAGUAUACAUUCCUCUGACUUUAUACAGUUAUUACUGCAUUUAUUAUCGUUUGCUAUAGUAAUAGCUACUAACUAGAGAUUAGGUGAAGAAGCAAGCAUGACAGACACAGCUGUGGAUGUUCAACAGCUGCUCCUCGUGGUAAACGCACGUUCUAGCCCUGCCCCUCACUGCGCUCCAUUCCAGCCUCGCCCACCGGAGGGCUUAAGAGGUCACCUGGCCAGGUGACGCAGGUGUGACCACCUCACCUGCAAGGCAUUGUGGACUCAAGGGAACCCUCGAGGCUGGUUUUCAGUAGGAGAAAAGUACAGGUUAGCUGGUUCAUUUUGAAAAUUGGCACCGGGUGAAAAGGUCAAAGGAUUGGCUCUUUUUGUGGCCACCGGGUGGCCGCGGGUCUUUCAAAAGGCGAAAGAAAAGCCCUUCUCCUCUUGCCCUGCACACAUUUCACUCCCACUUAACUGGGCUUCCAGGCGUCCGCAUUCAGGCCCCUAUAUUUUCUGUAGAAGAAAUCGUUGAGAACACUUUUUUUAUAUAGGUAACUUUAAGACCAUCAUUACGCUGUGCGUAAAGAAUGUACAGAGAAAUUUGUAGGUAUUUUUUGAACAAUUAAUUUGUUAAUGAUAUGUAGCUAUUUAAUUUUUCCCUUUCCUAUUGUAAUCAUUCAUAUUUUUUUUUGUUUGGAAAAAAAAAGUUGAUCUUUUUUUGUCGUAGAUUUGUCUGUGAAAGUGCAGGAACACAGUUAUUCUAUGAGGACACUGCAUCUGCCUUAAUAGCCACUAGUUUGUUAUUGCUACAGGCUACUGAGCGUCGCCACAGGAAACACCCCCACUGCUGGUGGGCUCUGUGAAGAACGGGCUCCCGGGACGCCUCCGUCAGCCGACGACGUCAGCGCUUCGGGAGGCGGUGGCGCUGCCGGCCGGGCCCCUGGUGCGCCGACCUAUCUGGGAUAGGCCGUACCCUGGAGGGGGCCUCGGGCAGACAGGGAAGCGGCAAACCUGACGUUUCCCUGGGCGCGACCGCCCCGGCCUCGGGAGGAGCAGUGAGGUUGUUCACAGAGCCGCGCCGUCGGCAGGGCGUUCUGACCGUUCUCUCCAUGUUUGUAAAUCUGUAAUAUACCAUUCUCUGUGGCCUGUUUUUCCUGGAAGAAGAAGAAAAAAAAAGGUUUGGCAGGCCAUCUUUUUUUUGUACUUAAAAGUAGCCUUAAGAACAAUAAUAAAGUGCUCUUAAACCACA